AGCAGGCAACCUUGAACAGCUUUGGAUGCGGAAACCCACACACAUGUAUAGACCCAAGCAGAUCUGCAGGCAGUCUGGACUCCUGAAGAGGGUUUCAGAGGGGCAGGGUCUGCCCAAGGAUGUGGAGCAGAAGCCAGAGUCCUGAGUACCCAGGGCCAUGCUGGGCAAGCACGAGUUGGCCCAGCAUGACCCCCAUCCCCCCACCAUCCUGAUAUCAUCAGAUUCAGCCCUGGCUUUGGGCAUGCACACUUUGCCUGUCCCAAGUCCCCAGUCUUUCCACUCCCUGUGCCCUAAGACUGGGAGGGCUGCAGGGAGGAGGACCCCACUAUGGUCCCCAUCCCCAGGGCCAGGGUAAAGGGAGGACAGGCCAUGCUGGGAACUGUGUUGUCCAGUUGCCAACUCUGGAGCCUGGGCUCGCGGUGAAAAUGGAGACCCCUCCCUGGAUCUGUAGCCAGGUCGCUGGGGGCCUGGGAGAGGGCAUAGAGGUUCCAGAGGCACACUGGGGCAUUUGGGGACAGGGCGGCCCAGAGCAGAAUGCCCUUUCCCAUCCCUCAGGGGAGGGUGGGGCUGGGUGGGGGCAAGAUCUUCCAGCCCAAAUAGGUCAAUGAAGUCAGAACCAUCACCACCUCAAGCGGGGUGGGGUGGCCAAACAAGGGUGGGGGGCACCGCACGCAACAGAGUCUCCCUGACCCCACCCUGCCCAGCUUGGGGCAGGCACAGGGAUGGCAGGAGGCUGGAGCAAGCUUGUCGAGAAUUUGGAAAGGCAGAUUGUCCUUCAAAGGUUAGAACAAGAUCUCGGGCCCGUUCUGGUGUCUAUUGGCUCCAGGUUGGGCCUUUAUGUGUUGUGACCCCUGAGCCUUUGCUAGCCUUUGAUUACUGAUACCACCAUGUCAUGCAGGCAUGACCCAGCGUUCAGACAGGUGGUUUCUUUUUCUUUUCUUUUUUUUUCUUUUUUUAAGAUUUUUAAUUUAUUUAUUUGAGAGAGAGCGAGAGAGAGCACAGAGGUAGAGUGAGAGGGAGAAGCAGAUUCCCCGCCAAGCAGGGAGCCUGACGUGAGGCUCAACGUGGGGCUCGAUCCCAGGACCCUGAGAUCACGACCUGAACAGAAGGCAGGCACUUAGCCAUCGGAGCCCCCCAGGUGCCCCAGAGAAGGGUGGUUCUAGUGCUCGGCAAACGCUCAUUAGGUCCCUUAUCUGUCAACAUUUGCCCGUCUCCCCAACCGUCACCCUGUGAGGAGAAUGCUAUCAUUCUCCCAGCUCUAGAAGCAGAAACCGCAGACAGAGGUCAGGGGUGCCCCUCAGAGACCCUGGGCCCCCCAAGGGUGGGAAGCUCCUGGAAACGCCCAUCUGGGUCCCACCCUUGUGCUUCCUCUUCUGGCUUGGGGAUCGCCUGGCCAGGUAAGGCACCCUCCCUCCAUCAGGGCCUCCCGGGACAGUUCAGGCUGGUUCAUGCCCUGCAGUGAGGGUGUCCGUGUUGUGGUGGGAAGCAGGGCAAGGCAGGCGGAAAAGGCUGCCUGAAGGGAGCGUAGGUUUGAGGAUUGCAAGGGUCCCAGGGGGAAGGAGCUGAGACUGCCAAGACCCCAAAUCCACAGGAGGGGUGAGUAUGGCUGGGGGACCCCCCCCAAAAAAAGAGCAGCUAAGAGAGGCUGGAACCGGCACGAGGGAGUGAGGGCGGGAGAGGCCAGUGGGCCGGGCCUCAGAGCCACCGAAGGGUGUCAGCAGGGCAGGCAGGGAGAGCAGGCAGUGAGGAGUGGUGAGGGGGACUAGGCAGAGAGGAAGAGGAGGGUCUAGGAGGGUCAAACCUGGACAGUUAGGAGCGUCACGUGGCCAAGAUCCCCCAGCCUCCCAGUCCUGGGCCGGUGUGUGGUCUGGUCCUCCGCACAGGGUGUUCUUUCUGCCGGGGAAACCCCCCUACGCUGUCCCCUCCUCGAUGGUCAGAGCUGCCAGACUGCCAGGGUCCCAUGCCCCGUGUCCUUGCUGAGCCACUCCGGAAGUGUGGGGUGGAUUUUCCUCAAAGCAGGAUGGACUGUCGACCUCAAAGCAUCCCUGUGCCAUGACAUGUGGCAUCCACCCGGCCCCUGAGCUCCAGGCCAUGUCGGGGCCACCUACCUGAUACCCCACUUGGACUUUCAGUGGCAGCACCCGAGCUCCCCCAGAGCCCCCACCAGCCACAUCUUCCUCAGACAAAUGCCGUUUGCUCCUUUUUCUGUCCAAGCCACCACCUGCUUUUAGGGUGAUGGCUCCAGGGACCUCCCUGGCCCUGGAGCCCCCUCCAUCCCUUCAGCAUUGUUUGCUGAGCAUGUGAGAAACACGAGUGACUACCCCCUCCCACCUGACGUCAUAGUGGGAGGAGGCAGAAGGAAAAGAACCUCAGGGUAAAAUCUCUCUCGUGUCCAGGCGCUGGGAGAGUCCUGAAGGCGGGUUGCACUUUGCCAUUUAAAUGAGGGGCCCCAGCACUCCCUCUCCGGUUUAUUCUCAGCACAGGCAGGAGCAGCCCCCCACCCCCACAGCCUUCUUGCCUCCGUGAACUGGAGCGGGUUUUCUGACCCGCACCCCUGCCUGGUGGAGGCUGACACCUUGAGUGUCAUGCACUGGGCUCUCUCCACCUCCAGACGGUCCUGACCUGACCAUACUCAGACCCCCCCCACUGUCUUUCUCAAGAGCACCGGCCUUUCCAUAGGCGACAAAGACUUGUGUGUCUGCCUCCCCCUUGGACAAUGUCAGCUCCCAGGCAGACUAAGCAUCCGUUAGCUGCCUCCUGUGUCUGCAGUGCCCAGCCCCGUCUGCGCACGGGCCCAGACCCUUCCCUGGUCUACCGGCCUGAUGUGGACCCAGAGGUAGCCAAAGAUAAGGGCAGGUUCCGAAACUUCACGUCCGGCCCACUCCUGGACCGUGUCUUUGCCACGUACAAGCAAAUGCACACGCAGCAGACCGUGGACUUCGUCAGGAAGAAGCACGCCCAGUUUGGGGGCUUCUCCUUCAAGAAAAUGACUGUCUUGGAAGCUGUGGACAUGCUGGAUGGACUGGUGGACGAGUCGGACCCAGACGUGGACUUCCCCAAUUCCUUCCAUGCCUUCCAGACUGCUGAGGGCAUCCGGAAAGCCCAUCCUGACAAGGACUGGUUCCACCUGGUGGGGCUGCUGCAUGACCUGGGGAAGGUCCUGGUUCUGGCAGGGGAGCCCCAGUGGGCGGUCGUUGGAGACACCUUCCCAGUUGGCUGCCGUCCCCAGGCCUCUGUGGUUUUCUGUGACUCCACCUUCCAGGACAACCCGGACCUCCAGGAUCCUCGAUACAGCACCGAGUUCGGCAUGUACCAGCCUCACUGCGGCCUGGAGAAUGUCCUCAUGUCCUGGGGCCAUGAUGGUGAGGCCGGCUGGAGAGUACAUGUACCGGAUGAUGAAGUUCAACAAGUUCUCUCUCCCCCCGGAGGCCUUCUACGUGGUCCGAUUCCACUCCUUCUACCCUUGGCACACGGGUGGCGACUACCGGCAGCUGUGCAGUGAGCAGGACCUGGCCAUGCUUCCCUGGGUGCAGGAGUUUAACAAAUUUGACCUCUACACCAAGAGUCCCGACCUGCCAGAUGUGGACACCCUGCGGCCCUACUACCAGGGCCUCAUCGACAAGUACUGCCCUGGUGUGCUGAGCUGGUGACCAGCCUGGCCAGGUGCCCGAGGGGACCGCCACUGUCGGGGGACUCCUCAUGCACACCGAGGCCCACGCUCCCUCCCCUGACCACUCUGCCCAGUGGCAAUAAAGGCCUUGAAGUAGGCUGUGAGUCCAAGCUUCACUGAGAUGAGGGCCUGUCGUGGCAACAGGGCACUCUAUGCAGGGGGAGGCAGGUCGUGGCCCCUUGGACACGUGUGUCCCGUCACUCCUGCCACCGUAAACCUAUUGCUCACCAUUCCAGUUCUGGCAUCAGAACCUGGGGUCGCCCUGUCCAUCCUCACACUCUCAAAACAGUCACCAAGUGCUCUGGGCUCCGUGUCCCUAAAAAACCAAGAUGAAGCAAAAAACAGAUUACAGAAAACCUUGUAUAACAAAUGCACGGGUUAAGUGCAGUGAACCUAAGGCAUGAACAGCAGUGCAGGGGCCUCCCUGUGCCCCAUGCCCGGUGCAUCUUGGGUUGGCCAAUAACCUCCUUUGUAUGUCGUUUCACACACCCCCCCCAAGUAUAUGUCCCUCAAUGCUACAGUUUAGCACUGUCUUCCUCCCUACCUUCCAGCAGCUUAUUUCUUUUUUAAUUGUAUUUAUUUGUAUUUUUUUUUUGAAGAUUUUAUUUAUUGACUUGACAGCGAGAGAGGGAACACAAAACAGGGGAGUAGGAGAGGGAGAAGCAGUCUUCCUGCAGAGCAGGGAGCCCGAUGCGGGGCUCGAUCCCAGGACCCUGGCAUCAUGACCCCCUGAAGGCAGACGUGUCACCGUGGAGUCGCCAGGCGCUCCUAGCAGCUUAUUUCUUGGAAGAAAGUGGACCAUUUGUCUCAGGGAGCUCCCUUCUGUUGCUAUUUUGCUAAGAGCAUCCCCGUGGUGAAACAUUUCGUGGGUGCUUCCUGCUAAUUGGUAAAUGUAUAGAGGCCUAAUCAGAUUCAGAUUUGGCUUGUUGGGGGCAAGAGUGCUUCAGAGGCUGUGGCAUAUUCUUUAUCCGGGCAGCACAGGCUGUGUUGUUGGAAGCCACCUAAUUCAGAUUAGAACGUGAGAAGGUGGACCAGCUGCGUCCAUCCGCCCCCCCCCCACUCAUCUGAGAUAACCGGGCAGUAGGGGGAAGUGCUCGUUGGUUAGUUCCUAUAGGAAAGGCAAGUGAAGGCCCCAGUCUUCCUCUCAACAGUUGGCAAGAGUUGGCUCCUAGCACCAUGCAAAGGUGAUUGGUUGUCUGCCGUGUGUUAAGAAUGCGUAGAUUUCAGGGGCGCCUGGGUGGCACAGCGGUUGAGCGUCUGCCUUCGGCUCAGGGCGUGAUCCCGGCGUUGCGGGAUCGAGCCCCACAUCAGGCUCCUCUGCUGUGAGCCUGC